ACAGCUUUGCAGGGAAGUGAAGAGUUCUGGCUGAGGAUGAUUUCUCAGGUAAUUUUUACCCUUCUCCUUGGUGCCGGAGUGAUCUUCCUUCUUUUCACCCUAUGGAAGAGCAGCAGAGUGAGACAAUGGACUACUGGGCUGGUACGGAGGCGGUUUCUCAAUGGCCUAUACAAGAAGAAUCACGAGAAGAUGUUAAAUUAUGACACAAGUAAUGCCCAGGCUGUACAAGAAUCGUUGCUUUCGGAAAUACUGAAGAAACAGCAAAAUACAGAAUAUGGUCAGAAACACAAUUUCAAAGACCUAAUAGAUGUGUCCUCAUUUCAGAAGCUCCAUCCCCUUACUCAGUACAGUGACUAUAAAGACUUUAUCCGGCGCACCAGAGCGGGAGAAGAGAACAUACUACUAAAUGGAAGACCUCAUGCUCUGAUAACCACCACUACAGGAACACUGACAAACCCUUCACUGAUCCCAAUCAGUGCUAAGAGCACCAAAGAACUCUCCCUUCAGGGGACAGCUGUCUAUCUGGAAGUAAUUCAACGUAAUUUCCCUGCAGCUCUGGAAAAGGUGGCCAAGUUCACAUUUUCUUUGAAUGACAAUCACUCUGAAGCUGGGAUUCCGAUUAUUCCUUAUCCUUCUGUCUGUUUCUUCAGCCUCCUGGAAAAUAUUUACUUAUCAACAAUCCCUCUUCAUUAUUUUAUGUCUCAUUAUGAGAUUCUGUACACCCAGCUGCUUUUUGCACUGAAGGACGUAAAUAUACGCAUCCUUGAAGCCAAUUACUCUUGGCUUCUUCGUCAUGUCUUCUCCAUCUUAGAGGAGUCUUGGGAGUCUCUGAUUACAGAUAUCCAGCAAGGACGCCUUAAUCCAGAAUUCAAGCUACCUCUGAAUAUCAGAAAGCAGAUAGAAGAUGGUCUGGUCCCUGAUGCAGUCCGCGCUGAAGACCUACGAGCACAAGUCAAAGAGGGGUUUUGUGGUAUUGCCAAGAGAGUGUGGCCAAACCUGCAAGUGGUUAUAGCUAUGGAAUCUGGUGGCAGUGACUUGGAUAAACACAUACUUAGGGACAAUGUAUGCCAGGGGGUACCAUUUUACUCCCCCUUGUACUUUACAGCAGAAGGUCUUUGUGGAGUGAAUUUGUGGCCUGUAGAAGAUGUAUCCCAUUAUGCAUUGUGCCCCCCCGCUCUGUAUUCUUUGAAUUUAUACCUGUGGAUACCAGCGAUCAGGAGCAACCACAAACCCUGUGUAUUCAAGAUGUUUCUGAGGGGAAAGCUUAUGAGUUGGUUAUAACUAACAGAGAUGGACUUUACAGGUACCGGCUUGGGGACAUUGUACAAGUUACUGGAUUCCAUAAUCGCAGUCCUAUAUUAGAACCCCUUUACAGGAAAAGCCAGACCCUUAAUGUACGUGGAGAGCGUAUUUCAGAAUCUAGUUUCUAUAAAUCUCUUCUCCAGACUGUAAGAAUGUGGCCUGGGGCCUCCCUCCUCAACUACUGCUGUGCAGAAAAUACAAUUAUGGGUCAAUUCUCCGGGGGCUCUGACCCUCACUAUAAGGUGUUUGUUGCCCUAAAAGGUGUGCGAGACCUUUCUGAGGAGCAGAGAUAUAAGGUGAGCACAGCCAGUGAUGACUCUAAUAUAUAAUCAUUUGCACUU